CAACUUCUAUAUUUCGUCACUAGAUAGAGUCGUAAAAAUGUCUAGUUGCAUUCACUAAAUUUGUUUACUUAUUAAUAAAAAAUUAAAUCAAAUUAUGAAUUUCUUGGCUAGAAGUGUAGCGAAUGCAGCUAGAUCUUGGCUUGCAAAUUCAGUUGAAGCAAGCAAAUCACAAUUAACUAGAUUAUGUGCAAAUCCUGGAAUUCAAGGAACUGUACUCAACACUACUAAUUCCUAUAUUAGAAAUCUGAUGCAAGGCUUUAUGCAAAUAAGAUUAGGAACAACGUUGAAGAGAUUGCAUGAGAAAGGAGCAUAUAAAAAGAGUAGGAAGAAGAAAAAUCCAUUGAAUGGGAAACCAUUCGCAAAAGGCGUGGUGAUAAAAACAGUAAUCAGAAAACCAAAGAAACCGAAUUCUGCGAAUAGAAAAUGCGUCCUCGUUCGCCUAUCAACCGGCAGAGAAAUGGUUGCUUUUGUCCCAGGGGAAGGUCACAAUCUUCAAGAGCAUAAUAUUGUGCUAUGCCAACCGGGAAGAGUGAAAGAUACUCCUGGUGUUAAGAUCAGAUGUGUUCGUGGGAAAUUCGAUCUACCCCACGUAAUGAAGAAAACUGUUUAAUUAUAGAAUUUAUUGAAUCUUUUGAAGUUUAUAUAAUUAAAUAUUAUUAUAUAAAGUUUCUCCCUUUAAAUGUUAUUAUAUUGUAAUCUCUGAAAUGAUCUAAGGAGAAUGUUAUUAAAACAAUUAUUAAAACAAUUCAUAAUUUUAAUAUUAAUAAAUAUUCUAAGUGAGAUAUGUAA